CGUAGUGGUUUCGAAAUACCAGUGACGUCAAAUACCCUGUAGUCAAAACAGCGCAUUAUACGGCUUAUAUUAUUAAUUUUAAAUACUGUUACCCAAAUAGAAAUUAACUCAUUUACAAAAUAUAUCUGAUUGAAAGAAGUAAAAUAGCAAUAAAACAACGAAAAUGGCAGAUGAUAUGCCCACAUUCAAGUGUGUAUUGGUAGGAGAUGGUGGUACUGGCAAAACAACCUUUGUCAAAAGACAUUUGACUGGAGAGUUCGAGAAAAAAUACGUUGCGACUCUGGGUGUCGAAGUACAUCCUCUAGUAUUCCAUACGAACCGCGGGCCAAUUCGUUUUAAUGUGUGGGACACAGCCGGACAAGAGAAGUUUGGUGGUCUUAGAGACGGAUACUAUAUUCAAGGACAAUGUGCUAUCAUCAUGUUCGACGUAACCUCUCGAGUUACGUACAAAAAUGUACCUAACUGGCAUAGAGAUUUGGUCCGUGUAUGUGAAGGUAUCCCUAUUGUCUUGUGCGGAAACAAAGUGGAUAUUAAAGACAGAAAAGUUAAGGCGAAAACUAUUGUUUUCCACAGGAAAAAGAAUUUGCAGUACUACGACAUUUCUGCUAAGUCAAACUACAACUUCGAAAAACCCUUCCUGUGGCUAGCUAGAAAAUUAAUUGGUGACGGUAACCUUGAGUUUGUUGCCAUGCCUGCCCUUCUGCCACCAGAAGUUACAAUGGAUCCUCAAUGGCAGAACCAAAUUGAAAAAGAUCUUCAAGAUGCACAAAAUACUGCUCUUCCUGAGGAAGAUGAAGACUUAUAAAUAUGAUCAACGGAUGUACCCAGUGCCCAUUUUGUGAUUGGAGGAUCAUGCAAAUGUGUUCAGUGUAGCGUACACUAAAUUUUUUCAUUCCAUUAGGUGAUCGCAAAUGAACAUUAUUUUAAUAACUUAUUAAACCUUCAAUCAUUUGCUUUAAUUAAUGUAAAAUCAUUAGAUAAUUUAACACGUAGCUCCUCUAGUUUGAGUUUUAUAAAACUGUAAUUCUAAACUUUUAUAUUGAAAGGCAACAAAAAUAUGAGUAUUAUUUAUGUGUAGUUCAUUUUUGUUACAGUUGUCAUAAAAACAUUUUGCAUUGAUUGCCCAAUAUGUGUUAAUGCCUAUUUGGUCACUGUUAUUUAUAAUACACAUGUAAACAAAUUUGUAUGAUAACUCUUUGUAAACCAAUAGCAUGUACACACAUAAUAUUAUAAUCUUGAAAUUAUUUCUUACUUUUGUUACAUGCAAGGACUGACAAUAUUUCACUGAAAAAUUGAAUUGUGGUGAUACUUUUUAAAUAAAGUGUAAAAAAUGA